GCAGUCACUUCCGGCCUGUGUCGUCCCCAUGAGUCGCAGCUAUUUUUUUUUUUACCAAAAGCCUAUAACUCUGUAAUAGCCAGUUUCAGUUCUUCUCAGUGGAGUAGGAAGCGUGGGGAACUACACAUUCAUUUUGUUUUUCGUUAAUUUUUUAUUUCUUACUUCGACACAUGCAUCUUACCUCCUGCUAAUUAAAACCAGUAAGCGGCGCUGGUUAGCUGUGCGCCUAUCAGAAGUAAAACUCCUCUCCGUUUUUCCCACUUUCCCCCUCGGUGUUAGCUAGCUAACUUACCCAGUCUAAGGCACCUCAGUCCCUGCAGCUGCACGCAGACAUGUCGGAGUACCUGGACGACCCGUCCGUGCUCACAAAGGAAAAGCUGAAAACCGAGCUUGCGGCCCACGACGUGGAGCUCCCGAACGGCAACCCGACCAAGGACGUGUAUGUGCAGCUUUAUCUGAAGCACAUUACCGCUAACAACAAGAAACAUGUCACCACGUCUGUGGACGUCUUCUCCAGCGACGAGGAUCUGCCUCCACCCGUAGUCUCCAGCAGAAGUCGCUCCUCCGGCAGAAAAGCCACCAGGAAAACAGACAAGGUUUUGCCGGACGAGAUGGACGUCACUGUGCUGACCGACGGCGGCCUGAUGGACGAGCUGCAGAAGCACGGAGUGAACGCGGGGCCGAUUGUGGCCUCCACCCGUAAGCUGUAUGAGAGGAAGCUGCAGAAGCUUCUGGAUGAGGGUCCUGCACAGCCACCGCUGCCAGAGGUCAUCGUCACGGAGACACAAGUGAACCACAACGGCAACUCAGAGUCAGACCUGUACAGCGACAAGGAGGAUGAAGUGAUAGCAGAACCAGUACCUGUGCCAGAACCUGAACCAGAACCAGAACCAGUCCCAGUGGUGGAGAGGCCAGUCCGGAGCAGAGGGAAGACGCCCGUCACCACCCGCACCCGCAGCAGCCAGCACCACACGAGAGACCAGUUGAUGGAUAUGGAAGAUGAUGAUGAUGAGGAUAAUGUUCUGCAAGUUAAGCGCAGAUCCAGGAGGCCGUCCCAAAGAAUGACAGUGCCUGAGGAUCUCAGGCCUUUAUCGAUGGAUCAGAUCCAGGUAAAGUCUAACAGGAGGGUUAGCCAAAGACUGGACAGUCCAGACCGGGCUGAACCUCCCCCUAUCUCAUCCAGACCAGUUCAGGAACCUGAACCAAUCAUUACACCUUUAAAACCAGGAGUAAGGAGUCAACGCCCGACUGCCAGACCAUCAAGACUUUCUUCCCCUCUGGUUCAGCUCGUCAAAGUGGACCCUGUGACUUUUAGCCCUAUGUGUAAAAUCUCACCCAUAAAGAGACGAGAGUACCACGAGUCUCUGUCCGACCGGUCUGGAUCGAAGCCCAAUGGUGUCUCCGUAGCUAGGGACGAGUGCGCAUCUCCAGAUGUCCUGCUGCAUGGAAGGAGGCAGCAGAAAAUCACCAGCUUCAUGUCCAAGUACAGCCCCAUGAAGACGCUCAACAGCACAUCCAUACUGUCCAACGAUGUGUUAGUGAGAAAGGUGGAGAAGAUUGCAGCAGGCGACCAAUCACAGAAAGUGGUGGAGACUGAGGUUCUGAAGGAGCUGUUCCCCAAUGAUGUCAACAGUCCAACAGGAAUCACUGCCACCUGCCGACGACCCAUCAGAGGCGCUGCCCACCGCCCAUUGAAGUCCAGUGACCUGUGGAAUGGUGAUGAAAACAGCAUCUUCUCGCCAAAGACCACCAAGACAACCAGCUCCUUCUCAUCUUACACACAGAGCUGCACUGAUAGCAGAGUCACCAGCUUGCCUAUUUCCACUACCUCCACCUCCUCUUUCUCCUCCUCCUCCAGGCUUCUUUCUGCAGCUCCCCCUGCAGGCCAUACCAAAACAGCCCCCCGCAGCAUGGCCCUGUGGAAGAAGCUGUUCUUGCUGGCUGUUGUGGCUGGUUUCCUGUUCUUGGUUUACCAAGCCAUGGAGACCAACAUCAUCAACCCUUUUGAAGCCUCAGAAACCGAAGUGGCCAGUAGCGGCACAGCGUAGAAAGCACAGAUGUGAAAAUAGUGUGAAUCUGCAUUGUAGCCAUUUUAUUCAUGAGCGCUGUGAAAUUACCUAACAUCUUUGCCCUUAUUUCGUCAAGUUUUUUUCCUUUUUUAUUUCUUUAUCAAUAUUCAGUGAAUCCCUUAAGAGAAGCAAUGUAGCAGUUGCAUUGACACUGAGAGUAACUCCUUUGCUGACUCCUUUUAUUUCCAUGUUAAUGUUUUUCGUGUGUGUGUGUGAUGCGAGUGUGUGUGAGAGUGAGUGAGGGUUUUUCACAUUAUGCCUUAGUGUAUGUCUUUGUUAGUCAUUAACAGCCGUGAAGAUGGAGUUUGAACCUGUCUUUUUUUUUUCUUACUUGACAGAGGCUUGUUAUUAUACACCAAAUUCCUUUUCAAUCUUAUUAAACCCUACACAGAUAUUUUCUUAAUGCUCUCCUCUUAUAAAUUGAAUGAACUAUUGUAUUCUACUUAAUUAUGUAUUCACUGUCAAAAAUAUUAAAUAUCAAUCCACUCAAUAAACUAUUAUGACUUUA